CUAACUCACACCCAGGCAAUUGGAAGAAGAGAAAGAAGCAAAAACAGUACACACAUGGACGGGGAACAAUAAAGUUCUGGCUUUUUUUCUCCACAAAAUUAUCAGUCAGUCUCUGAUCAAAUACCACCAAAAUCGUAUAUAUUCCACCCCAGACCGACUGGGAAGCGAGUACACUGGUGACAAUUGAGUGGCAGUGAGGAAAAAGUGAACAGAAGGAAGGUACUUUUGUGUCCAGUACUUUGACUCAAUCUCAGGGCAGAUUAGUCAACGAGGACCAUUUCAAGGCAAACCAUCUCAAUCCAGUGCUAAAAAAUCAGCAAAUUCAACGUGAUAUCAAUUCAGACAGAAUCCUCAUAAGUUACUUGGGCCCAUACUGAAUCUUCACAUGACGACCACUUUCGCCUGAAUCCACCAUGAACGCAACAAUAAUGAGUAUUGCAAAUCUCACGAGUGUCUUCCUCGACGACACUCUUCAAUUUGUAUGCCAAGAACUAGUGACUAACUACGUUCCGGACUUUAUAACGAGCAUGCCCUACAGACCAUGGAUGUUCUCAGUUCUAGGAUCAAUUCUCAUUGGACUCAGUGGCAUACUGCCACUUCUUGUGAUUCCCAGCCAAACGGAGGAUGAAAAAAAGAAAGGAGUUAAUCCUUCUGAAUCUAAGACUCUGAAGCUCCUCUUGAGCUUUGCAGUUGGUGGCCUAUUGGGUGAUGUCUUCCUGCACCUCCUUCCUGAAGCUUGGUCUGGUGAUAUGACAACAGAAGGAGAGCAUCCAUCAAUGAGAAGUGGACUUUGGGUAUUAGCUGGUAUUCUCAUCUUCACUAUCGUGGAGAAAAUUUUCUCAGGCUACACCAAUGCCGAUGAAAAUAAUCCUCAGCCAAAGUGUGUGGAAAUAGCUAAUUGCCUCCUGAGGAAGCACGGUGGGAAAUUACCUGCCAAUGGCACAGCAAUCAAGUGUACGGUAAAUGGAAAAUGUGACAUUGAAGAUGUGCCAAAUGGAUGCUACCUAGCGGCUCAGGAACGCAAAGAAAAAGAGCCACAACGGAAAGUGGCUGGCUAUCUCAAUCUUCUAGCCAAUUCUAUUGAUAACUUCACGCAUGGUUUAGCUGUUGCUGGCUCCUUCCUCGUCUCUUUUCGCCAUGGUGUUCUUGCCACCUUUGCCAUUCUCCUCCAUGAAAUUCCCCAUGAAGUGGGUGACUUUGCCAUUCUCCUGCGAUCCGGAUUCAGUCGUUGGGACGCAGCCAAGGCACAACUUUUGACUGCCGGCGCGGGACUUAUUGGUGCUCUUGUAGCUAUUUUUGGAUCAUCUGUAACAUCAGCCGUUGAGACACGCACAUCGUGGAUUAUGCCCUUUACGGCCGGUGGAUUCCUUCAUAUUUCCCUCGUGACCGUUCUGCCGGAUCUCCUCCAGGAGUCAGACACGCGGGAAUCACUCAAACAAUUCACAGCACUCAUUUUUGGGAUUCUAGUCAUGGCCUUCAUGACCAUCGUAUUCGAAUCCUAAAACCACAUACAUUCUGAGACACACUCCUCCCAUCCACCUCCCAUUGCCAUAGAUGGCGCAUCAUGAGUCUACCAUGACUCCGUGAUCACCACAACUCCCUAGAGACCCCAGUCUAGUCUAGAGACGAUGGCUAGAGCGUGUGUCGGUGAGAGUUUAGAGAGCAAUUUAGAAUGCUUAGAGAGAGAGUUUGGAAUGAUUGAGAGCAGGAAAAUAUAAUGUAUAAAUUAAUUUGUAUACUCUUCUGGCAUAGGACAAGAGCAAAAAACAAAAACUCCAAGGCAUGUGAUUUGAGAGACAAGCGAACCUAACCAUGUAUAGCAAUUAAUGUUAAAUAUUGUUGAAUAUGUCGUAGAAUUAAAAGAAAUUAUUUUUCUGUGGAGAAAAUCCAA